AAGUGAAAUUAUAUAUUUGAGCGCGAAAAGAGGAUAAUUUUUCUGCCGUCGUUGUUUUCUGUAUGACGGCAUUAAUGUUUUAAUACUUUACUUUAAACCAGUUUCAAGUAUUAAACCCGAUCACAAUUAAUAAGCAGUUGUACUUUCUUUUAGAAACUGACCUUUUUAUUCUAUUCAUUAAAAUCUUCCCUUCAAAGAUUUAAAAGUACUUCAUAUUGUUUCUACUGUAUUUGAAACUGAAAGGUAAUUCAUAUUAAAUAUGGAUUCCAAGAGGAAAGCAAUGUUUGGAAGCCAGGAUCAUCCUAGAAAAGUCCAAAAGAAAAACUCAAAUGAUGAAGAAUUUGAAAGAAGUAACUUUGAAGAAGAAUUGGCUCUUAUGGAUGAAAUGGAGGAUGAAUUCAGAUCACAAUCAUUAGAAGCUCAAGAAUGUUCUGCUGAAGAUAUUGAAUCAGAAACAUCCAACGUGAAGUGGACGCGACCCCAACCUCCUGCUUUAAAUCCAAGUGAAGAUCCUGUUAUAUUCCAGCAACUGGAUCUUGAUUAUUAUGUAGGGCAACCUGUGCCAGGUAUGCCAGGUUGUAAUGUUGGACCUGUUCCAAUUGUAAGGAUGUUUGGUGUUACUAUGACAGGAAACAGUGUUUUGUGCCAUGUUCAUGGAUUCUUGCCUUAUUUCUUUAUUCCUGCUCCUCCAGAUUUUCAGAAAGCUGACUGCGCUUUAUUCAGAGAGGUUUUGAAUAAUAUUGUGAUAGCAGAUAUGAAAUCAAACAAAGAAAAUAUCAGUGAUGCAGUUCUUUCUGUUGAAUUUGUUAUGAAAGAAAAUAUCUAUGGCUACACGAAUAAUGGCAAAGUGCCAUUUCUGAAGGUAACAGUGUUAUUGCCAAGAUUUUUGCCUGCUGCGAAGCGUUUGUUAGAAACAGCUGUUAAAUUUGGAGAUUAUGGAAAGCUCACUUUUCCUGCUUUUGAAACAAACAUAGAUUUUGAAAUUAAAUUCAUGGUUGCCACCAAAGUUGUUGGAUGUAACUGGAUUGAAAUUCCUGCUGGUAAAUAUCGUUUGUUAACUGCUGGGGGGCCGAGAGCACCUACAUCGCGUUGCCAGAUAGAGCUAGAUGUAGCCUGGAAUGAUUUCAUUUCACAUGAGCCUGAAGGCGAUUGGUCAAAAAUUGCACCUGUUCGUAUACUAAGCUUUGAUAUAGAAUGUGCUGGGCGGAAGGGAAUUUUUCCAGAGCCUAAUAAAGAUCCUGUUAUCCAGAUUGCAAACAUGAUUAUUCGACAGGGGGAAAAAGAUCCUUUUAUUCGUAAUGUUUUUACCCUUAACUCCUGUGCUCCAAUCAUAGGUUCUCAAGUUCUUUCAUAUGAACGUGAGAGAGAUUUAUUGAAGUCCUGGGCUGAUUUUGUUCGUGAUGUUGAUCCAGACAUCAUAACAGGAUACAAUAUACAAAAUUUUGAUUUUCCUUAUCUAUUAAAUCGAGCUAAACACCUGGAAGUCACAACUUUUCCUUUUCUUGGAAGGAUGAAAAAUAUCCGUACUAUCAUGAAGGAUUCUAUUCUACAAUCCAGACAGAUGGGAAAGCGGGAAAAUAAAGUUAUCUUUAUUGAAGGAAGAGUGCAGUUUGAUCUAUUGCAGAUUUUGGUUCGAGAUUAUAAACUUCGUUCCUACACCCUCAAUGCUGUGAGUUACCACUUUUUGCAAGAACAAAAAGAGGAUGUGCAGCAUUCUAUAAUUACAGAUCUUCAGAAUGGCACUGAUCAGACCAGAAGACGACUUGCUGUGUAUUGUCUGAAAGAUGCCAUGUUACCUUUGAGACUUAUGGAGAAACUAAUGUGUGUCAUUAACUACAUGGAAAUGUCUCGUGUAACUGGUGUUCCAUUAACUUAUUUGCUAUCUAGGGGGCAGCAGAUAAAAGUUGUUUCUCAGCUCUUGAGAAAGGCUGUUGAGCACGAUUUCAUCAUUCCUACUGUUCACACAGAAGUGGGUGAAGAUUUCACUGGUGCUACUGUCAUAGAACCUGUAAAGGGAUAUUAUAGCAAUCCAAUUUCAACUCUGGAUUUUACAUCUCUGUAUCCUUCCAUCAUGAUGGCACAUAAUCUUUGCUACACAACUUUAGUACAGUCUGUGCAGAUGCGAGAAAACCUGGGUGAAGAAGGGUACACCAAAUGUCCGUCUGGUGUACUGUUUGUGAAGAAAACUGUGCGCAAAGGAUUGCUACCAGAGAUAUUGGAAAAUCUUCUUGCUGCUAGAAAAAAAGCCAAAGAUGAAUUGAAAAAAGAAACUGAUCCUUUCAAGAAAAAAGUGUUGGAUGGUCGUCAGCUUGCUUUAAAAAUAAGUGCAAACUCUGUGUAUGGAUUUACUGGAGCUCAAGUUGGAAAACUUCCUUGUCUAGAGAUAUCUAAAGUAAACAGUUAA